CUCCGAAGGAGCUAUAUAGUGCUCUAGUCGCGGGUAGAGCACUAUAGGAGCUAUAUAGUGCUCUAGUCGCGGGCACGGUCGCUGGUGUCCGUGGUGUGCGUUGUUGUGGCUUGUUUCGUAUUCCAGCUAAAGAAAACACUGCCCGUACAGCAUCGUCGAACGUCAGCCGUCUCUAGAAAAUCCCAAUCUUUUCCGCGAUCUGAGGCGUGCGAACGUAACUGCGGAAUUACACAAAGAGCUCAUCGCCCCUGCUUGUUACCGGCCAACGUUACGUUACUGGUUAUUACCGGCAUGUUGCCGUUUCGAAUGUCUGGAACAUUUCGAGCACCUCUGAUUCGGCACCCGGGCAGGUACACCUGCUGUCGAUGUCAGCCGAAAAAUGCGGGCUGUCGUGCCCUGGCGCAAGGAAGGACAGCGCAACAGGUGCUCUUCAGGCAAAAGUCAACGGCGGGGGCGGUGUCUUCGACGGGACCGGACGUCAACUCCCCGCAGUAUCAGUUCCUGCAGCAGAGCGUAGUCCCGACAAUGCACUUCCAGAAGAGCCUACCUCGCCUGCCCAUCCCAAACCUGGAGAAGACGUGCGAACGGUAUCUGAGCGCGCUGGAGCCCCUGGUGAGCGUGGGUGAGCUGCAGUCCUCCCGACGGCUAGUGCAAGAGUUCAAGGACAAGGACGGCCCGGAGCUGGACAAGCUCCUCAGGGCAAGGGACAAGGCAAACAAGCACACCAGCUACAUCUCUGGUCCCUGGUUUGACAUGUACCUGAGUUCUCGCAAGCCCCUACCCCUCAACUUCAACCCAUUCCUGGCGCUCAAGGAUGACCCGCGGCCAGAAUACAACCAGCAGGUGGUGCGAGCAAGCAACAUGGUGGUGUCGUCGCUACGUUUCCUGCGCUCGCUUCGGUCUAACCAGCUGGAACCCGUGGUCUUCCACCUCAACCCCGACAAGAGCGACACUGCCUUUUACCGACGAACUAUGAGGUUUCUCCCCGAGGCUGUGGCCUGGUACGGCAGCGCCCUUGCCUGGAAGGCCUACCCUCUGGACAUGAGUCAGUUCGGAAACCUGUUUGGCAGCACCCGCGUACCGCAGCUCGGGCGGGACAAGCUUGUGGCCGACGGGAAGUCCAGGCACCUGCUCGUGAUGCGCAACGGCCACUGUUACUCUGUGCAGGCCCUCGACGAGCAGGGCAAUCUGUUUGCCCCAGAACACUACCGGGCCUGCCUGGAGCACAUCCUGGCAGAUCCGAGGCCCCCUCCGGCGGUGGCUGUGCCCGCCCUCACGGCGGGGCCCCGGGACGACUGGGCACGGGCACGGCAGGCGCUCGAGGGCGCUGGCAACGGGCAGACGCUGCGCCGCCUCGACAGCGCCCUCUUUGCCCUGGUGCUGGACCAGGAGACGUUCCCUGGCACAUCCCAGGAGGAGAAGAUUGCACACCACUUCCUGCACGGCCCAGUUCACAACCGGUGGUUUGACAAGUCCUUCUCGCUGCUCCUGACCGGCGACGGGCAUGCGGCCGUGAACUUUGAGCAUGCCUGGGGAGACGGGGUGGCUGUGCUGCGCUACUUCAACGACCUGUUCACCGACUCCACCGAGCAGCCUCGAGUGCAUCCGGGCAGCGCACCAAGCACAGACGCCGGGCAGUUUGUGGAGCGGCUGGACUUCAAGGUGAACGACAGUGUGGCCGAAGCGGUAAAGCAGGCGGUGAACGGCUACAAGGAAGCCACGGGAAGUCUGCAGCUGUCAGCUUUGAAGCACGCCGGCCUGAGCAGGGACCUCAUCAAGAGCAGUGGCCUCAGCCCCGACUCUGUGGCGCAGCUCUCUUUCCAGCUUGCCUAUCACCUGGAGCAUGGAACGACGCCGGCGACGUAUGAAUCUUGCAGCACCUCAGCCUUCCGGCACGGGCGCACGGAGACGGUGCGCCCAGCCACCAUGGCCACCAAGCGGUGUGUGGAGGCACUCAGCUCUGGCACGUCACCGCAGCGGGCCAGGCCCCUCCUCGAGGAGUGCUCGCGUGUGCACAGCAAGCUUACGAAAGAGGCAGCCAUGGGUCAGGGGUUCGACCGGCACCUGUUCGCCCUGCGGCUACUGGCAGAAGAGCGAGGUGGCCCCAUGCCCAGGCUCUUCGGGGACCCCUGCUUCGUCAAGGCCAACCACUUCUGCCUGUCCACAUCCACCCUGCACGGAACUGCCUUCAGUGGCGGCGGAUUCGCCCCCGUGGUGCCGGACGGCUACGGCUUGGGCUACGGAAUGGUGGACGGCUGCUUUGGGGUGCUGACGAGCGCCUACGCCCCCCAUCGAGAUGCAAGCCGCUUUGCGAGUGCUCUCACGGAGGCCCUAAACCGCAUCUGUGCGGCCAUGGCCGCUCGCUAGACAUAGCCCGGCAAAAUGAAGGUGUACAAAUCGGCGCUCGGAAAGUGCUAUAGAGCGGUGGUUCUCAACCACCGAUGUUUUGGAGACCCCUUGUGGAUUAGUGGAAGUGAUGGGGGACCAUGUCUACUGGGGAGGAGGGGGUAUAAUAAAUGAUUACGAUGACAAAAGGGUAAAUAAAAAAAACUAAAUGCAUGCAAGCGAACUUUGAAGCUCUAAAAUGUAGACUAAUCAACUCUACUCGCUCGGUGGACAUGCAAGACCAUCAAUUUAAAAAAAAAAAUAUAUAUAUAUAUAUAUAUAUAUAUUGGCUCACUUGAGCAUUUAGGGGACCCCAAAGUGUUUGCAGACCCCCAUCUGAGAACCACUGCUAUAGGGGACAAAUAGUAGUUGCUAUAUUAAAGGAUGUAUUAGAUUUAUAACGGAAUAAAGAAGUGUUGGUUUUAUA